AUGGGUGAGCUGCAACUGCGCUACAGCUACUGUUUUUCGUCUGUUCAAGGCCUGUUGAAACUGCUGCAGAUUGUAAGUAGUUCUGGAGUGCGUGCCGAAUACCAUUCUAAUAAAAGACACACUUCUGACAUGUCAGUUGAACGUUUCCAUGUUCAGAUAUUUUCGUCGGUCAUUCUCGGUCUGCUGCUGUGGGAAACCGUCAUUCGAACGGAUCGCGCCUACUACGCAUAUCGAUAUCUGUACGAAGGCGAGCAAUAUACGGUGUUCGUUGCGUCGUUUGCUUUGUGUGUCAUCAGCCUGUUCUUGAUUUUGUUCUUUUUCAACUGCCAUCAAGGACCACUUGCCGCUUGUCGCUGCUUUAACCUGGCACAGUUCACCUACUUUCUGCUAUUUUUGAUGUGGAUCGCUGCCGCCGGAGUAGAAGUUUGGGUGACGACCAGAUUCAAAGGGUAUUACGGGGAGCAGAGCGAACUGUACGGACGUCGGGCAGCAGCCGCGGUAAAUUAUUGA